ACGAAAGCAGCCCGGGUUAUUUUGGGACGCAUCUCUCUGUGCCCCAGUGAACUCCAGCGAGUUCCAAUUUCAGUGAAGAAGCUCAAGUGCAACGACACAAGUCAAUUUUCAUCUCAAGACACAUGGCCAAGCGUGUUCUCAUCACGGGUGCGAGCCGUGGUAUUGGCCUCGAGCUGGUCAAACACUACAAGGCUUUGGGCUGGAACGUUGUUGCCGCAGUACGCAACCCGUCCUCGGCCACAGAGCUUCGGAGCCUAGGACCUGAGGGCAUUGUGGCCCUCGACGUCGCUGACGAAGCGUCAGUUGCAACCGCCGCGACAGCCAUUGGCGCUGAUGCCCCGAUCGACAUGCUCAUCAACAAUGCCGGUAUCAUCGUCAAGAGCUCGCUUACGAAGACGACGAAGGCAGAUUUCUUGCGCCAGUUGGAAGUCAACGCCGUGGGUCCGUUCCUAGUCACAAAGGCGUUCAUGCCCAACCUCAAGCUUGCGGCCAAGCAAAACGACUAUGCGAUUGCCGCAUUCCUCUCGGCCAAGAUUGCCAGCAUUGAGCUUAAUACGCAAGGUGGAUACCACGCAUAUCGCGCGUCAAAGACAGCUCUCAACGGUAUCGCAAAGACGCUGGCAGUCGACAUGGCACCGCGUGGCAUCUCGACUGUACUCCUGCACCCGGGCUACGUCAAGACUGACUUCACGGGUCACAAAGGUGACUUAACGGCCGAGGAAAGUGCGCGCGCACUCGCAUCGAUCUUAGACAACGUGCGCAAGGGCGACAAAGCUGCGUUUUACGAUAUUGACGGCACUAUUCUGCCGUGGUGAAUCGGUCUUGCGCGCAAUCUCCUCGACGUGAUGCAAAUAUUACGGCGAAUGCACCAUAAAUGUUGCAAUCUAAAAUUUUAUGGACACGGCG